CGGCUUUAAGCCGUCGGUGAUAAUACCAAGGCCGUCGUUGAAUAUAACGACUUAAUACCCACUACUCCCACUCAAACUCUAUUCUCAAGUAUCAACACAAAACAAAACACAACAGUGCCGUCGCCCUCGUCUUCUUCACAGCGAAUUCAUUUUCACCUGCGACCGGCGACCGGCGACACGCGAAACGCUUCUCCUUGCCGGUAGCCAUUCAAUCAACUGCCGGCGCCGCGAACUCACUACUUCCGCCGCCGCUGUCACCGCGCAACCCAUUCAUUCCGCCGCCGCCUCUGUUGUUGCGCAAUUCGCUCCUUCCGCCGCCGCCUCUGUUGUUGCGCAAUUCUGUCUGUUUCUCCAGUCUGUAAGUUAGCAACCUGUUGUUGUGCUCAAAAUACUUGUGAGGUAAUCAUGUCUAAUCCUAAGGGGCGCGGAGGUCGAGAUGGCUUAGGUGGAAGCCAAGGUCGUGGGCAAUUGAUUCGCAGGGAGCUUUUUGAGUCACCAGGAGCUCCAGAAAGCCCGAACCUUGGCUCUGAGACGCAACGAGAUGAUUCAGAGGCACGUGACAUUGGUGACCGCGUACCUGAGACGCCGAGCAGCCAGAGGGAGGAAGCUGAAGGGUCACACCGUGCAUCAAAAAGGGUUUUGAGCCCUACUGGAUUGUGGUAAAUUUCUAAAUUAAUAUAUGAUUCAGUUGGGGAAAACCAUUUAUGAAACAAUGAAAAAGAAAAGCCAGGAGCCCGCAUUCCUCGAGAAAUCUGAGAAGGCAAAGAAGAACCGAAGAGGUGGUUCCCUCUCUAAUCCAGUUGAGCCGUCGCACUUUCAGGGUUCCAUCUCGGCGGCACAACAUGCUAAAAAGAUGGCAAAGAGUAGAGGAGGAGUACUCCCUACCGCCCCCGAGUUGUUCCUGAAGACUCAUUUCAAAACUGUUGCUGGAAAAGGAGAGAUUGCAGCAAACAAGAGAGCAAAACAAAUUUCGGAAACGUACAACAAGAAGCUGGAUGAUUGUAGCACUCAAGGGUCACAACCAAACCCUGAUUUGUUGUAUUGGGAGACAGUUGGUGGGAGGAACAGAGGAAAAGUGCAGGGGUUAGGUCAGGGAGAUCAUUUGUAUUACAACUCUUCAUCUGGGCGAGGAGGAGUUGGCUCUUCACAACCAUAUGAGCCAUCGAUUUUUUCUCAGCUAGAGGCGCAGGUGGAGGCCAAGGUCGCUGCACGGAUGGUAGAAGUGGAGGCAAAGGUUGCAGCACGUCUGGAAGAGUCAAACCGGGCCCUCGUGCAGGAAAUGAUGCGGAACAUGACUAAUUUUGGUCACUUGUUCUCAGGUUGCAACAGAGGACCCUCUCCACAACGCAGACCAGAGGAUGACCCGGGUUUGGUGGUGGCGGCACUAAUGCUACACAGACACCAGCUACAGUGUAGUUUGUUUGGUUUUGACAACUAGCUAGAUUACUAACUUAGAGUUUGUUCAUAAUUAGUCUAAUUUUAUAUAUGCACUUAGUGUCUAUAUUUAUCGGCAUAGGUCUAGUUUUGUUUUUAGGUGUCUCGGUAUAUUUUUUUGGAACUCCACUUUUACUCGAUUUCCUGACACCGGGAUUUAUUUUGCGUAUUAAGGUAGUUUGUUGAAUUAUAGACAUUUAGUGUCUAAUUUUCCCGAUAUUGGGAUGUAUUUUCUGUACAUAAAUCUAAUCUAUUUCAUUUUUAAUUUGCAUA